AUGGCAUCUGUUGGUAGGCUAGUGACCCCAAGAUCCCCUGGUUGCAAUACUUACGAUAAUGCUGAAGAUUCUGAUGAGGAAGGAACUGAACUUGCGUAUGGGGACGAAAUGCUUUUCAACUAUAGAUAUAUAGAUAUUGGAACUGAACUCACAAAUGCACAAGAUGUAAAUACAAACAUUCCAAACAUGUGCACUGCUCCGAUAAUGGAUGAUCGUGAGAAUGGUAUGCAAGAUAACAUCUCCAGGGCAACUGUUAGUGGAGCAAAAGCGGGUGUUGAUCUUUGUGGAAAUGGAAAGGUUGAUGCAGCUUCAGUGCACAUAUUAGGAGAUGAUCCUAAUUCUUCCAACACUAAUUUACCUCUGAGAAAAACACUCCAUGUGGUUGAACCGUGGAUGAGGGAAGUUGUGGUGGAAUCUAAUACAUCAGAGAUGAGCAAGGAUCCAUUUCACUUUGAACCUGCUGAAGCAACAGCUAUACCUGAUCUUUUCCCUGUUGCAAGUUCAACACAAUUUUUUACGGAUAUGCAUCACCUUCUAAAAGUUAUGUCUAUUGGAAAUGUUAGAUCUGUGUGCCAUCAUAGACUCAGAUUUCUUGAGGAGAAAUUCCUCCUUCAUUUGUUAGAAAAUGCAGACAGGGAGUUUCUGGCUCAAAAGAGUGCACCACACCAUGAUUUUUACAAUAUCAGGAAAGUUGACACACAUGUGCAUCAUUCUGCAUGCAUGAACCAGAAGCAUCUCCUUCGCUUCAUCAAGUCAAAGCUUAAAAAGGAACCUGAUAAGGUUGUCAUAUUCAGAGAUGGAAAAUAUAUGACCCUUAAGGAAGUUUUCGAGAGUUUGGACUUGACAGGGCAUGAUCUGAAUGUUGAUUUGUUGGAUGUACAUGCUGAUAAAAGCACUUUCCAUCGAUUUGACAAAUUCAAUCUUAAGUAUAAUCCUUGCGGACAGAGCAGACUUAGAGAGAUAUUUUUAAAGCAGGACAACCUUAUCCAAGGUAUGAUUCACAGUUCCAGUUAA